AUGUGGGCCAACCCGAGGCGACGAUGGGCCGCGUUUGCCUUGGCGCUCGCCGUGAUGGCCGCCGCCGGGGUCGGCACGGACGCGGCGGUGGGGAUCGGGCCGGAGAAAAGGAAUAAUGCUCGCGCCCACGUUUUCGGGACGCAGGGUGCGGGCACGGGUCCGCUGCAGGCGCCCAACGAGACGGCGCCUCCUCCCGGCUCGCCCCCUGCGCCGCUCCCUCCGAUGCCUCCGAUGCCUCCGAUGCCUCCGAUGCCUCCGAUGCCUCCGAUGCCUCCGAUGCCUCCGAGCCCGGACGCGCCGGACGCACCGCCGGAGCCGUCGGCCCCUUCGCCCCCAGAGCGGGCACCCCCGUCUCCUCCAAACCCCGACGCCCCCGUCGCACCGCCGCCGACGCCGCCGCCGCACCAGGCCAACUCGUCAUCGUGGCCCACGCGAUGCUCCCCGCGUCGCGUGGCCCCGGAAGAUCGCUGCGAGUUCGUCAAAACCACCCCGGCGUGCGUCUCGGAGCACCGCCUCGUGCCGUACCUGACGAUGCACUACUGCUGGACCGGGGGCGGAGCGUCGUCCGCCGCGGCGCAGGCGCUCGUCAUCGCGUCGCUGUUCUACGUCCUCGCCACCGUCGCGGAGCGGUUCUUCUGCCCGGCGCUGGAGAACAUCGCGUCGGCGCUUCGCAUCCCCGAGGACGUCGCGGGGGCCACGCUGCUCUCGUUCGGCAACGGCGCGCCCGACUGCUUCGCGCAGAUCGCCGCGCUGAGCAGGGACGACGCCGACGCGGUGAGGGAGGGGGUGUCGCUGGCGCUGGGGGCGAACCUCGGCGCGGGGAUAUUCAUAUCCGCCGCGGUGUUCCCCAUCGUCGUGCUCGUCACGCCGAGCAGGUUCGCGCGGCACAGGCGUCCCAUCGACGACGACGACGUUCUCGACGACGACGACGACGCGGAUCCGGUCGUUCCGGAUGCCACCGGAGGGACUUCCGGAGGGAUCUGGAGUCGUUUCGACGCGUGGACGCGACGGGGCGGGGUCGAGGUCGAGCGCCCGGCCUUCGUCCGCGACGUCUGCUUCUACGCCCUCGCGGUGGCGGGCGUCGUGUUAUCACUCACCCGCGGGCGCCGGGUGACGAGGACGGAGGCUUUGGCGCUCGUGGGCGUCUACUUGGUCUACCUCGGCGUGCUGCUGAUCCCGUCCAGGCUCGCGCGGUUGGUGGCGCACGUGACGAACAGGGGAGCGGAGAGCGACGAGCUUGAGUGGGAGAACGCGCACAGCGAGAGGCUCACCGCGGGUCUGCUGGACGAGGAUGAUGAGAUUGACGACUACGCCGCGCUCAUCGAGGAUGGCGCUCCCGGGCUGCUCGCGCGAUCGAGCGACGGCGGCGGGGGUACCGACGCCUCCGCGGACGAUCGGAGGUACCCCGGCGGACGCGGGUCGUCUGGGGUGGGGAACGUGGGACCGGAGCCGUCCACCGCGGCGGAGGAGGAUGGGGAAUCGGCGGCGGCGGUGGCGGCGGGCGGCUCGUCGCAUCAUGCGAUGAACGCCUCUUUUCUCAGCGACGGGGGCUCCGCCGUGAAGCGGGGGAUCCGUAAGGUGACGUCCGUGCUGACCACCGCCGCGGAGGCGCCCGUGGUGACGCUGAUCCGUUGCACGAUGCCGGACCUCGGCUCGGAUCCGGCGAGGCGGUCGCGACUGCUCACGUCGCUCCUGCCGGUGACGGCGCCGCUGUUCUUCGUAUUCGUGGAGCGGUUCCUCGGGGUGAACUCGUUGAUCACGCCGGCGGGCGCCGCGUACGGGGCUGUUUGCGGCUUGAUGGGCUCCGCGUCGCUGUACAUCGCGUGGCCGCACGUCAAGUACAGCCGCGUGAUGAACGGCAUCCUGACCGUGGUGGCGUUCGUCAUCUCCGUGACGUGGAUGGACGGCACGGCGGGGGAACUUGUUGCGCUGCUCACGGCGCUGGGCAAGAUUCACGGCGUGUCGGAGACGCUCCUCGGAGCCACCGUGCUGGCGUGGGGGAACAGCGUCGGAGACAUCGUCGCGGACAUAACGGUCGCAAAGGAGGGCCACCCGGCGAUGGCGAUCGCGGCGUGCUUCGCGGGCCCGUUGUUCAACCUGCUCAUGGGCCUCUCCGCGGGUUUGGCCAUCGCCACCGAGGAACACGGCACGAUUGCGGGGAUACACCUGGAGAACGAGUUGGUGGUGCUCGCGGGUGCGCUGCUCGUGUCGCUGUCCUUCCAGGCGAUCGCCACGCCGCUCAUGCACAAGUGGAGGUAUAGCAGGGGCAUGGCCAUCGCGUCGCUCAGCUAUUACCUCGUGUUCUCCGUGGUGUACGCGCUCAUCUCCGUGGGUGUCCUAUUUCCGGGGGACUGGUAUUGAUACCUCCGUAGUCUAUUUAACAUAAUCUUAGUGACGCAUCGAUUGA